GGGGUCUGAUCCCGGGAUUGUGUAGAUCGGGGGCCUGCUGCAGUGGGAAAGCGGACCGAGUUCUGCCGGAGGGCUGCAGGCUCCGGGCUUUCCGGUACCGCAGCCCCGGUUUUAGCGUUGCGCCCGAUCCCGGGCUGUGGGAUCAGUUACACAGAAAUACAACUGCAGAUGCUGUGGAUCAGACGUCUGUGUCUGUGUCUCGCUGAUCUGUGUGGGAUCAGUUAGUCGUGGUUCCCAAGCUGGGAGACGGUUUGGGGAGAAGGGGAUCUGUCUGAGUGUGUGGGUAGAGGUUAUGGGUGGACUGUGGGUGUGGGGUGAGUUGGAGGGAAGGGUGUGCGACCGUAGUCGGGGGAGGGGGUUGUUGUGAGAAAGUGGGACGGUCGGACGUUCUGUGACCCGGGUCAAAUAAAGUUGUAAACGGGAGGAUCUGCUCCGUUGUAUCGGACGCUCGGAUGUCCUUUCAGUGAGCAACAAUUCUCUCUUCAAAUGAAUUACUGAUUAAUCUUGCUGUUAAUAUUGGGUUUCUUACAAAGCCCCAGAGUCUGGGAAGAGCUGUCACCGUCAUGGGCCGAUAGUGAAGAUUGGGAUGGCGGUGGGGUGUCAGUGACCUCUGUAUUUGAGAACGACAGGGGUUAGUAUAUCCUCCUGUGAGAUAUAAAUGUCCUUACAAUUGAUUCGGAUCUGGUGGCGUAUCUGGAGUUUGCAAAAGAGAAGGGAAUAGGGAAGGGACUGAGGACAGAGAGUUUUAAUCAUCAAAUCGUCGUCCGGGGUGGAGGGGUACGGGAGCUGCCUGAUAAGAUCGUUUUGUUUUUUAUAUAAUCUCACAGAUGGUGACUGAGGGAGAGUCUUGGUGAGGGAGGAACAUGGCUUUAAGGUAAGGGGAGGGAAGUUCAAGGGGAAUAUUAGAGAAAGGUUUUUCACUCAGCGAGUGGUUGGUGCGUGGAAUGCACUGCCUGAGUCAGUGGUGGAGGCAGAUACACUAGUGAAGUUUAAGAACCUACUAGACAGGUAUAUGGAGGAAUUUAAGGUGGGGGGUUAUAUGGGAGGCAGGGUUUGAAGGUCAGCACAACAUUGUGGACCGAAGGGCUGUAAUGUGCUGUACUAGUCUAUGUUCUAUGUUCUAUACCGGGAGGUGAGCAGGUCAGACACGGAGAGUGACAGUGAUGUGAUUUCCUGUGUCAUGGGUAUAGACACUCAUAUCCAGUGAGGAGUUUGUGUGAAGAUGCAGCUUCCCUGGAGGUUGAGGAAAGAGGACACAACAACAGGUGGAACCAGCCGUGGGAAGACAUGGUUUGUCAGGCUUGACGAUGAGCUGAAUGUACCAGAACCUUCAGAUUGAAUCAGAAAACCAUUCUGAGGGUAUUUGAAAUGUCAGAAGCAGGGGAGAUGUGAUCAUUUAGGGUUUAUGUCUCCAUCAGACACUCAGUGAGAUGGUUCAAGUUACAAUGUGCAGGGAUGAAAGCACAGUGUUUGGGGCCAGAUUUAAUCACUGAUUCUGACACAGUGAGAGGGUUAGUUUUGCUGUAAGGAAGCAGCAUUAAUGAAAAAAGACACAGGAACUUCAUCGAUUGUGAAUUGUUUAGCAGAAGUGACCAAUUUGAAUGCCACCUUGACAGAAACAGAUAUAGACAGUGGUGUCAGAGGUGUGCAGUCUGGUUUAUUUCAGGUUGGAGAGGGCUGUGGUUUUGAAAUCAAUGCCUUGUGGUGCCACCAUCGUUAAUUUAGCAUGUCCAGAGUGGUGGGUCACACAGCAUGGGAACAGGCCUUUGGCCGGCCAUACCUGUUCUGACCAUCCACUCACGGUCUACACUGGUCCCACCUAUCAGCACUUGGUUCACAGCCGACUGUAUGUGGGCAGUUUCAAUGCUCACCCACUUUGUAACUGUUGUGAAGAGACCUUCCUCCACCAACUCCUCGGGCAGUGUGUUCCCGAUUUCAACUACCCUCUCCGUGAAAGAACUUAACAAAACCUCUUCCUUAGAACCCGCUAAACUGCCUCAUCCUCUGUUUAAUUCUCUACCCUCUGAUCAGUGACACCUUUGUUUGUUUAUUUCCACAGAGUCUCUGCCUUAGGAGACCCCAUCAAUCGUGUAAUCACAUUUGCCCCUCCAAUUUAACUGCAGAUGUAACGAUCUCUUCUCUCAUGCUCACUGUCUCCAGGUGGGCAGUGUUUUCCUUUCCGCUCAGCACUGAAGCGGAUUGUCUUCGGGAUCGGGAAGGUAUCCUCGUCUCCUGAGCGGGGAGCCGGAGUCACGUGAGGCUGUGUACCACAGGUCUGCCCGGCUCUCCGCUGUGUGACACAAGAUCCCGUGGUGUGUGCGUGCAGUCCCCGGAGGGGUGGUCAUGCUGUGUUGUGUUGGGAAAUCUGAUGUUGGUGACUGAGUCCUGUUAACUCCCCCCAACUGGCCUCGCUUCCUGAGACUCCUUGCAUUUGUCCUGGAGCAUUAUGGCUGUUGUGUCUUCCCACGGAUUGGGGUGGGUGAGAAAGGAGAACGUCCCAGGUUGUGGGGAUCUUUGAUUUCACUGCCUGCUUUACCGAGGGACUGGGAAGUCUAGGGGGGGAAGAAUGCUUUCUGUAAUAUGCUGAUCUGUAUCCAAAGGUCCCUGCAGUUCCUCGCAGUCAGGGGCAGAGUAGUUACCAUGCAAAGCAUGAAGUGUCCUGAUGGGAAACUUGCUAUGGCGUGUUGAUAAAAAUUUGGUGAGGGUCAAAGUAUAUAUGGCAAAGUUCUUGUUGUUUGUUCUAACAUUGUCAUUUUAGCAUCUUUUAAAAAGUAAUAUGUACUAUUAAUUCAGUAUCUGUUUAUCUGUGCAUCCUCAUGUCCUUGAUCCCUUCUCUUAUCUGGUUCCAUCUGCUCAUACCUGCCUAUCUUGUUCAACCUGUAUCCAGUCUGCUAACCCCACCUCCCCCUCCCGUGAUAUGCAUCAACCAUCUGGGUCAACCUCGGUCCACCCUGUAUCCCACCACCUCAAUGUUAUAUAUCAGCAAUCUUUCUUCUAACCCUUGCCUUCAUUGUGAAGUGUUCUUUGCACCUUUGGCCUUGCUGAGUUAUUCCAGAAUUGGUUUUUGUUAGCUGGGAUGCCAGAGGAUGAUCAGGUACCAGUUCUGUUGUGCAUUGGUGUGGAGGUGCUAGUCUUUGAACUGUGACUGGCUGACACUCUGCAGCAUUUUACUGGCAGCAAAGAGUACUGGGAGAGUUGUGAUUGGGCUCUAAUUCUGUGAUCGGCAUUCCAGGCAUCUGGCACUGUCGGUGUUUUGGCUUUGACUUUGGUUAGUGCUUCUACAGAUGGGGCUGGAUGUUCGUCCUUCUGUAAUGAAGCAGAAAAUUCGAGCAGCUGGAGAUUGGUUGUGGGGAAAUCCCGGAUUGCACUACCCAGGGUGAGAUGCGGGGACGAUGUGUGAGACUCUCAGGGUCAGUGAGUGGCAGAUUCACCUGUGUGACUCUGUGAGGUUGUGUCCUGGGAUAUCACAGUUUUUGAUCCAGGUAAAAUGGACCCAGGGAUCGAGCUGCUUGGGCUUAUGAGGUGUUGAGCGAGUAUUUCUGGUCUGGGAUCAGAUGUUUGUUUCUGGAGUUCCUUUGGAAGCAAUGACUGCUAAUUUGAGGAGAGGAUGAGUCCCCAUUCCAUCCUCACUGGGAGAGGCCAUGAGUAAAUGGGCUGUUCCGUGUUUACAACAGUAGAAAUAGACCCGUGAGUUUGGUGUUCAAACUGGGUUUGGAAAUCCCCCCCCUCACUGUCACCUGUCUGUCACCCGGUGGAAAUCAAGCAGAAUCUCAAGUUGCUGGAGAUCUGCACUAAAAACUAAAAAUGUUUGUGAUCAUUCUGACGAAACAUUAUUAACCUGAAUUGUAAAGUUUGUUCCUCUCCCACAGCUGUUCCUUACCUGCCGAGCAUUUCUGGUAAUUCCAGUUUCUUUUCACUACAUUCACCUUGGAACGGUUUAUAUUUCCUGAAAUGGGCCUGUUUUAACCUGGAAAUGGAAAUAGCUCGUUCUGUAGAACUGUAGAUAGUAGAACAGUAAAGAAACCACAACGCUUUUCUGUAAAUUAUCCUGGUACCAAUUUGUCUGUUAUUCCCAGAUAUGUGUUCAGUACAGUUGUUGCUAAUGGGGUUUACAAGAAUAAUCUCAGGAAUGACCUGCGUUAUGUGGGAGGAGCAUUUGAUGGUUCUGGACCUGUGCUCAGUGGAGUUCAGAGGGACUGUGGGGGUGGUGGGGGAUGUAUGGUUAAGUAAACUUACCGAAUGCUGAAAAGCCUGCAUACAGUGGAUAUGGAGAGGAUGUUUCCAUUAGACAGAGAGUCUGUGAUCUGACAGCACAGUCUCAGAAUAAAGAUGCUUCCCUUUAAAACUGAGUUGAGUAAAGAGUUUUGGCAAAAGGAUGUCUGAUCUGUGGAAUUUGUUGCAGCAGAGGUUGGUUGAGGCUGCCAUUUGGGUAUGUUUAUGACAGAGAUUAAUAUACUCAUGAUUGCUGAGUAGUUUCAGGGUUACAGGAAGAAGGCAGGAAUAUGGUGUUGGAAUAAAAAUCAGCCAUGGUUGGGUGGAGGGGCAGACCAGAUGGAUCGAAUCACCCAAUUCUGUUCCUGUGUCUUAUGUCUCACCAUGAUUGAAUGAUGGCUCCUGCUUAUCCCAUAUCGUUUUGUGUCGUCUGAGGGACAAUAAAAGAUUGUUCACUGAGAUCAUUAUAUUUGCCUUCAACGUUUAAAUUUCAGUGAGUUUUGUUCUUAGUAACAUUAAGCAGAAAUGUUUGGUUCUCCUUUUUAUUGUUAACGUGCUUCAUUAUCUUUCAUGUUAAAGUUAGAGUUGCAGUGAGAGAUUUAUUGGAAGAAAAACCCCAACUGGAAGCAAACCGCAACUGAAGACGAGGAAACAGCAACAAGUGAACCAGCCCGAGGACUGAGAGCAUCAACUGGAGAGAACCCAUCUGACUCGGAGAAUCCAGCGAUUCAGUCAGGAGAAAGUUUGGAUAAAAACGAGAAGAAAUUCGUCUCCAGGAAAUUCAAACACGGCACACCAGUUUCACUGUCUCUGUCCAGAUAUUUAAGAAGUGGAGCAAGGGAUUCACUCGAUCAUCCUUCCUGCUCAGACUGUGGGGAGGGAUUCACUCGAUCAUCUGACCAACUGGCACGCCCGUCAUUUUACACCGGGGAGUGGCCGUUCAUCUGCUCAGACAGUGGGAAUGGAUUCACUCGGUCAUCUCAACUGAAGGUACGUCAGCAAGUUCACACUCGACAAGGCCAUUCACCUGUUCUGUGGGUGAGCAGGGAUUCAGUCGGUCUUCCCACCUGUGGACACACCAGUCAGUUCACACUGGGCACAGGCUGGUCAUCUGCUGAAUUUGUGGGGAAGGAUUCACUCGGUCAUCUGACCUAAUGGCUCACCAGCGAGUUCACAAUGGGGAGAAGCCGUUUACCUGCUCAGUGUGUGAGAAGAGAUUCAGUCACUCUUCCACCCUGCAGAGACACCAGCGAGUUCACACUGGGGAGAACCUGUUCACCUGCUCAGUCUGUGGGAAAAGAUUCACUGAUUCAUCUACCCUACAGAUUCAUCAGCGAGUCCACACCGGGGAGAAGCCGUUCACCUGCUCACUCUGUGGGAAGGGAUUCACUCAGUCAUCCAACCUACAGAGUCAUCAGCGAGUUCACACUGGGGCAAAGUUGUUCACCUGCUCAGAUUGUGGGAAGGGGUUCACUGAGUCAUCCAAAUUACAGAGACACCAGUCAGUUCACACUGGAGAGAAGCCCUUCACCUGCUCGGUCUGUGGAAAGAGAUUCACUGUGUUAUACAGCCUACAGAGACACCAGCGAGUUCACACUGGGGAGAAGCCAUUCACCUGCUCAGUCUGUGGGAAGAAAUUCACUGAUUCAUCCACCCUACAGACUCACCAACGAGUUCACACUGGGGAGAAGCCGUUUACCUGCUUAGAAUGUGGGAAGGGAUUCAGUCAGUCAUCCAGCCUACAGAGUCACCAGCGAGUUCACACUGGGGAGAGGCCGUUCACUUGCUCAGAAUGUGGGAAGGGAUUCAGUCAGUCAUCCCAACUACUGGCACACCAGUCAGUUCAUAGUGGGGAGUGGCCGUUCACCUGCUCAGAAUGUGGGAAAGGAUUCACUCAGACAUCAAAACUACUGGCACACCAGUUAGUUCACACUGGGCAGAGGCCGUUCACCUGCUCAGAAUGUGGGAAGGGAUUCACUCAGUCAUCCCAACUACUGGCACACCGGUCAGUUCACACUGGGGAGAGGCCGUUCACCUGCUCAGACUGUGGGAAGAAAUUCACUCAGUCAUCCCACCUACAGAGUCAUCAGCGAGUUCACACUGGGGAGAAGCCAUUUACCUGCUCAGAAUGUGGGAAGAGAUUCACUCACUCUUCCACCCUACAGAGACACCAGCAAAUUCACACUGGGGUGAAGCCGUUUAUCUGCUCAGAAUGUGGGAAGAGAUUCACUCUGUCAUCCAACCUACAGAGACACCAGCAAAUUCACACUGGGGUGAAGCCGUUCACCUGCUCAGAAUGUGGGAAAGGAUUCACUCGGUCAUCUCACCUACUGGUACACCAGUCAGUUCACACUGGGGAGAAGCCGUUCACCUGCUCAGAAUGUGGGAAAGGAUUCACUCAGUCAUCCCACCUACUGGCACACCAGUCAGUUCACACUGGGGAGAGGCCGUUCACCUGUUCAGUCUGUGAGAAGAAAUUCACUCACUCUUUGACCCUACAGAAACACAAGCGAGUCCACACUGGGGAGAAGCCAUUCACCAGUUGAGAAUGUGGGAAAGGAUUCACUCAGUCAUCCCAACUACUGGCACACCAGUCAGUUCACAAUGGGAAGUGGAAGUUGUUAUGAAACCCUAGGUUUUGUUUGCUGUGGACUGUCAUUUUAAGAGAGAGAGGGAUUAAGAAGGCAAAUCAGUCUGACUUGCAGCUUGUUUAAAUCACUCGCAGUUUGUUUGGUUUUAACCAAGGACAUGGACACUUAGGGUCAGAUGGAGAUAAAGGAGGAAAAAUGGAAUGAUCGAAACAAGGGAAAUAGUGGCUAAGGGUCACUGUUUGGAACUUUCUUAUGCCCACAAGGGUGGGUUAAUUAUCGAUUCAGUGUACAUCAAAUGUGUGGUUGUCAGCUUGUUUGAUCCAUAGGAAUGGAUUGGAUUUGGGGUUUCAUGUGAAGACCACAUGUGUUAACCCUUGCCUGGGUGUGGUGUGGUAGUUCACUUGAAGACGAUACCCCUUGUGACAAGUCACUUAUGAUGAUAACUCGUAUGCGGAUUUGGAAGGACGAUGGGUAAAAUCUAGAGGGACUGUUCUUUCAUUUUACCACUGUGGAACAUGUGGAAUUCAACAUCAUUACCUCCUCUUGACAUUUACCCUGGAUUACAAAUAUCUCUCUCUCAUCACCUAUUCUGUGGAUGAACUGAACUUUCAUACUUUACUAUCUCAAGACUCUAAGCCUUGUUUCCUCCGAUCUCAAUAGUUUGGGAGUUAUAUUUACACACAUAUAUACACAUAACACUGUUAACUUUUGUUUAUCUUGCUUAAGUUACUACAUUAUAAGUAGAUACUAAUAAAGAUAGUGGUUUUAACAUCAAAACCAGACUCCAGGUGUAGUCUAUUGCUACUGGUUCAUUUCUAAAGCAUUACUGUUCAUGACAAAAUUGGGGCCUGCGUCCGGGAUAUGAAUGCAUUUGGGGGCGUAUUGAUUGAUUAAUUAUCGGUCUCAUUGGGGAAAUCACUUUUGAUUUAUUUGUGUGUGGAAAAUCAGCAGCGAUGGAUGUUGAUAAAUUUCUCAAAGUGCCAACCUCUGAGCCAUUAGAGGAUGCCAGAAGGAUUGAGUUGCUGAGUUUUGCUAAAAGGUUAAAGCUUGCUGAGGUGAAAUCGACAGUGAGGAGGGCACAGAUGCAGAAGAUAUUAGCUGAGCAUUAUUAUCUGAGGUUGUGUUUAAAGUGGAGGAGUUGAAGGCGUUUCCUGAAAGUAAACCUAGUGAGCUUGAACUCCCGAACAAGUUAGAAAAAUUAAAGAUGGAGGCUGCGCAAAGGCUGAGACAUUUUGAGGCUAGAGAGGCUGAUAAACAGAGAGAAGAGGCAAAAAGACAGAGGCUGUUUGAGCUGGGAAAGAUAGAGAAAUUGCAGCAAAGGAGUCUAGAUUUAUCUGAUGUUAAGUUUGAGGCCAGUUGGAAAGUUAAAUUGGUACCUCCAUUUGACGAGGCAGAGGUUGAUAAAUAGUUUCAGCAUUUUCAGAAGUUUGUUCAGAGUUUAAAGUGGCCAAAAGAGGGUUGGCCUAUUCUCUUGCAAAGUGUAAUUAAGGGGGAGGCUCUGCAAGCCAAUUCUGUGACAGUUGAUGAAGCAGCUGAUUAUGACACAGUGAAAUAGGCUGUGCUCAAAGCUUAUGAGUUGGUCCCAGAAGCUUACAGACAAAAGUUUAGAAAUUUGAGGAAAUCUGUGAACCAGACUUAUGGAAUUUGCUUAUGAGAAGUUUGUGUGUAUUGACUGCUGGUGCACAUCUAAGCAUGUAAAUGACGAUUUUAACACUUUGAAAGAGUUGGUAUUAAUUGAAGAAUUCAAAAGAUGUGUUCUUCAUGACAUAAAGACGUAUUAAGAUAAAAGUGUUGCUGCCACUUUGCAGGAGUCUGCUAGAUUAGCAGAUGAGUUUGCUUUAACUCAUAAGGUUAAGUUUACCCCGAAUAAGAAUUUCCAAAAGAGUAGCAGGGAUAACCAGGGUAAACCAGAAAUUGAAACUGGGAUUAGUGACGAGUAAGGAUGAGGGAAGUGGUUGAAGGAGAAAUAUUCUGGUCUUACUUGUUACUAUCAUACUUGUCAUAUGAUGGCUAAUUGUUCCGUCCUGAAGAAGGAAAAGGAGGCAGUCUCAAAAGCCUGUGGUCAGUAUGUUGAAACACCUAUAAACCCACAGGGUUUUGAACAGUCUGUUGAGGCUCAGUUAAGGACUGAGAGGUCUGACUGAGUUAUGAAGGGAUUCUAUUAUUUUAUGUCAGAUGGGUUUGUUUCAGUAAAGGAAGGGUCAACCCCAGUACCAGUGAAAAUCCUUCGAGAUACUAGGGCUUCUCAGUCACUUAUAUUGGACAGCGUUCUAAAGCUUGGUGAUGAGACUAACAUUGGUGAGGUAAAUCUUCUUAAAGGCAUUGGGGGCGGCAUGGUUUCUAUGCUGCUGCACAAGGUAACUUUACAGUCGGGGUUGGUUUUGGGACCUGUUAAGAUCGGAUUAUGCUCCAGUUUACUGGCGGGCGUUGUUACUUUGCUGUUAGGGAAUGACCUGGCAGAUAGUAAAGUUGUUCCUGCAGUGCAGCUGACAACUAAACCGACCACUGACGACCCACAGAUGGAGUUUAACAUUUAUCCUUCCUGCGCAGUAACUCAAAGUUUGGCUAAAAGUCUGCCGAUGCAGACGUUUCUGUGCAGUGUGAUUCUGAUACCCAUGAAAUCGGGAUUCAGGUUACUAUGACUUGUCGAGCUUUUCUGCCUUCAUUGUUUCAACAGGAUUCAGGUAGUAAGUCUGAUGAGAAAGAUUUAUCCCUGUCUAGGAAGGAGUUUAUAGCAGAACAGAACCGAGACCCUGAGAUUGAAGCUUUAAAAGAAACAGCUCUCUCAGAUGAUGAGAUUCAGAAAGUGCCAGUAUGGUAUUAUCUCAAGGAUGAAGUGUUAAUGAGGAAGUGGAGGCCACCUGCUGUACCAAUGAGUGUGGAAUAGGCAAUUGUUCACCAAGUAGUGGUUCCUAAAGUUUAUAGGACUGAAAUUUUAACUUUGGCCCACAGUAAGCCCUUAGGUGACCAUUUUGGAGUGAAUACAACUUUAAUCAGGAUUAUGAAAUAAUUCUACUGGCCUAAUUUGAGAAAAGAUGUUGUGACCUUUUGCAGAACCUGUCACACUUGUCAAGUUGUGUGUAAACCUAAACAGGUCACCCCAGUGGCCCCACUACGGUCUAUACCUGCAUUCAGUGAACCCUUUUCAAAAGUUACAGUGGAUUGUGUUGUCCCAUUGCCAAAGACUAAAGCUGGCCAUCAGUAUCUGCUAACUAUCAUGUGUACUGCUUCCAGAUUCCCAGAGGCACCACCUCUCAGGUAAAACUGUGGCGAAAGCUCUUACCAAGUUUUUUACUUUAUCUGGUUUGCCUAAAGAAAUACAGUCUGAUGAAGGAAGUAAUUUUACAUCUGGAUUAUCCAGCAGGUAGUUUAUGAAUUGGGAGCAAAACAAAUUACAUCAUCUGUGUACCAUCUGGAAUCACAAGGGGCUUCAGAAAGAUUUCAUUCUACCCUCAAAACAAUGAUUAAGACAUACUGUGUUGAAAAUGGAAAGACUGGGAUGAAGGAAUAUAUUUCUUUUUGUUCGCAGGAAGAGAGUCGGUACAGGAAUUACUGUGCUUUAGUCCAUUUGAACUUGUAUUUGUUCAUAGUGAGGGGAUCUUUGACCUUAAAGGAACAGUAGGUUGAUGGGGAUGUACAUGUUAACUUGUUAGACUAUGUUUUGAAGUUGAAAAAUAAACUACAACAAGCCUAUAGUUUAGCAAGACAAAACUUAAAGAUUUCUCAAAACAAAAUGAAGUGUCGGUUUGAUAAGUGGGCUUGCGAAAGAAAAUACCGGGUGGGGGAUAAGGUGCUUGCCUUACUUUCAAUGUUGACGAAUGCUCUUCAGUGGAAAUUCAAUAGACCAUAGGAAACAGUCUCUCAAAUUAAUGAUGUGAAUUAUGUUACUAAAACACCCAACCGGCAUGAACUAACACAGGUGGUACACAUAAAUAUGACAACGCCUUAUUUUGACAAGCAGGCACCAUCUGUGAGUGUUGUUGUCAAAACGUAUGAAUCUGGCAACCCUGAGAAUGAAACAAUUGACACGUCUGAGACUUUUCACAAGCCAAACACGGUCCCGGUUAGGCUAAUGAACUCGGUUAUUCCAGAAAACAUUGAUAACAAGUUAGCUCAUCUGUGGCCAAAGCAACAACAGCAGCUGAAGGAAUUCUGAAGUUUAAAGAUUUAUUUCCUGAUGUUCCCAAGCAAACCACGGUCACAGUACAUGACGUAGAUAUUGGUCAAGCCAAAUCGAUUAAACAACACCCAUAUCGCAUGAACAUAGAAAAGUAAAUUGGCUGAGCAAGAAAUUGAAUAUAUGCAGGAAAAUGGUAUUAUUAGUCUUUCAGCAUCAGAUUGGAGCUCACCCUGCGUUAUUGUGCCCAAACCUGAUGGUAGUGUUAGAUUCUAUAGGAAGGUAAAUGCAGUAACAAAAACAGAUGCUUAUCCUAUCCCGAGGGUGGAUGAUUGCAUCGAUAAGGUUGGAAAAGCUAAACUUCUUACGAAGAUUGAUCUGUUGAAAGGGUAUUAGUGUGUUCCAUUGACAGACAGAGGUAGUGAAAUUUUUGCAUUUGUGACACCUUCUGGGUUGUAUGAAUACAAUGUUUUGCUGUUUGGAAUGAAAAAUGCUCCAGGAACAUUCCAGAGAAUGUUUGAUUCUGUAAUUCGAGGGUUAGGACACACAGAUGUCUGUACUGAUGACUUAGUCACAGGGAGUGCCACUUGGGAAGAGCAUAUUUCUGCAGUAGAAAAGCUGUUUGACAAGCUUUCCCAGGCCAGCCUUACAGAUAACUUGGCUUAGAGUGAAUUUGGCCAUGCCACGGUGACCUAUGUUGUAGGUCAAGGCAACUUGGCUCCUGUCCAGGCAAUUUCUGAAGUUCCUAUUCUGACUGGUAAGAAGGCUCUUAGAAGGUUUCUGGAAAUGGUUGGAUAUUAUCGUAAGUUCUGUAAGAACUUUGCUCGUAUCACUCUUCCCCUGGAUAAUCUCCUGAAGAAGGGUGAAAAGUUUGUUUGGAUCGAGCCUUGUCAGGAGGCAUUUGAUCGAUUGAAAGCCAUUUUUAUGUUAUCAACCCGUGGUCAGGGCACCUGACUUUACAAAGCCAUUUUCUAUAGCUGUGGAUGCCAGUGAAAGAUGGUGAUGAUGUUGAACAUCCUGUAGCUUACUGUUCCAGAAAAUUCAAUGAGAGUCAAAGAAAUUAUUCCACCAUAGAGAAAGAGUUGUUGUCACUCAUCUUGGCUUUGUAGCAUGUUGAUGUCUAUAUUUGUCCUGCUUAGAAACCACUUGUGGUUUAUACUGAUCACAAUCUGUUAGUGUUUCUGAGUAAGGUAAAGGACAAAAACAGAAGAUUGUUAAACUGGAGUCUGAUUUUGCAAGAAUAUGAUAUUGUGAUAACGCAUGUAAAAGGCAAGGACAAUACCAUUGCCGAUUGUCUUUCCAGAUGCUAAGCUUCCAGUUUUAAUAGUGGAGUAGAAUCUGCUAUUUGUAUAUGCUUCGGCAAUGUGUUACAUGAUAACCAAACUGUGGUUUGCAGAUAACAUUUUGCUCUUUUAGUGAUAAUUCUCUUUUUUAUGGGGAAGUGUUACAAAUCCCUCGGUUUCGUAUGCUGUGGACUGUCACUUUAAGACAGUGCCUGAGUGAGGUGGGGACUAACAAUGACAUCAGCCGCUGACUUUCUCAGCUCAUUUUAAAUUUUUACAGAGAGUGAGAGCUCAAGGAGCUGGGACUGUCUGACUUGCAGCUUGUUUCUAUUACUCGCAGUUUGUUUGGUUUUAAGCGAGGACACAGACACUGACAGUCACAAGGAGACAAAGAAAGAGAACGAAAGGAUUUAGACAAGGAAGCCAGUGGCCAAGCGUGGUUUGAUUAUCGAUCCAGUGCACAUUGAAUGUGUGCCUGUCGCCUCAUAUAAUCCACAGGAGUGGAUUUUGUGUGGGGUAUCCUGUGGACACUACUUAUGUGUUAACCCUUGCCUGGGCAUGUGGUGUGGUGACUCAGUUGAAGAUGAUAUCCCUGUGACGUCACUUUCGAUGAUAAUUCGGAUGUGGAUUUGGAACAACGAUGGAUAAAAUCUAUAGCGGCUGUUAUCUCGUUUUACCACGGUGGAACCUGUGGAAUUCGACAUAAUUGCCUUCUCUCUACAUUUCCCCUGGAUUACAAAUAACUCUCUGUCAUCACCUAUUCCGUGAAUGAACUGAACUUCCCUACUUUGCCAUCUCAAGACUUUAAGCCUUGUUU